AGUUAGCACAUCACCAAGAGGACCACAGGCGAAGCGCAAAUGAUCCAGUCGCCUAAUCGCUACAAUAAAACAAAAUGCUGAAGGAGUUGGUGAAGGAGCGACUAAUGGCUGCAGCUGAUGAAAUAUCGGCGAUGUCUGAAAGAACGAUAGCGUCGUACGAGGAGGAACUUUCCCGAACGAGAGAGAAGAAGGACCGACUUCGACAACAACUGGAAGCUGGAGUUCUGCAAGAAUGGAGUUCUGCUACAGCUUGGAGGUAUUUUCACUGUCCUGCUGCUUUAUUUUCCUGACGUCCAGCAGCUGUUCGGUCAUCAAGAACAACAUUCCCCUCAACCAAAGGAGGGGGGCUCCACUCUGAAGCAGGAGGAGCCCCAGGCUCUCCACGUUAAAGAGGAGGAGGAGGAACUUCAGAUAACUUAGGAGGGAGAGUGUCUCCUUAAACCGGAGGAGGCUGAUCUCACCAAGUUGCCACCGACUGGUGUCUCCUUGAAGACUGAAGACCAGGAAGAAAAUCCACCCGAGCCCUUAUGUUUAUGUCCUUCAGAUGUCCAGCAGAUGAUUGGUCGUCAAGAAGAACUGCAGAGGGGGAGCUCCACUUUCAAGCAGGAAGAUCCCCAGCCCCCCCACGUUAAAGAGGAAGAAGAGGAGCUCUGGAUCUCACAGGAGGGAGAGGAGGCCGAUCCCACCAAGAUGCCACUGACUGGUGUCUCCGUGAAGAAUGAAGACCAGGAAGACAAGCUCUCAGCUCCGAUAUAGUCGGAUGGUGGAAGGAAAACUUUGAGGCCCUUCUCAAUCCCACUGACAUACCUUCCAUGGAGGAAGCGGAGGCUGAGGACACAAACGCGGACAGUUCCAUCUGUCUCUGGGGUCGUCAAAACGCUCCCCAGUGGCAAAGCUCCAGGGGUGGAUGAAUUUCACCCUGAAAUCCUUAAGGAUCUGGAUGUUGAGGGACUGUCUUGGCUGACACGUCUCUUCAAUAUUGCGUGGAAGUGGGGAACAGUACCUCUGUAUUGGCAGACGGGGGUGGUGGUCCCUCUUUUCGAGAAGGGUGAGUAGAGGCUGUCUUCCAACUAUAAGGGGAUCACACUCCUCAGCCUCCCUGGGAAAGUCUUCUCCAGGGUGCUGGAGAGAAGUGUACAACCUCAGCGACAGGACGUGCAAUGUGGUUUUUGUCCCAGUUGCAGAACACUGGACCAGCUCUACACCCUUGCAAGGGUACAUGGAAGUUUUCCCAACCGGUCUACAUGUGCUUUGUGGACUUGAAAAAGGCACUUGAUCGUGUCAAUGUAUAUCAGGGACAGUGGUGGAGCCACAAAUGUUUCAUUGGGGUGGCCAAGGUGAGACCAUUACUCUCAUAGAGGUGGCAAUAAGUUGGUACCUGAAUUGUCUAGAUGGCCAGUGGGGUGCCCGGGAAGUGACCAGGGGUGGUCAACCCCGUAGCUCUACCACUGCUUUUGGAGCGUCUAUUAGAACGAUCUUCUGAGGACGUGUUUUCAAUGCAUAAUUUCUGGAUUCUGCUCACCAUCAUGGUGGCCAAACCCGCGCAGGGCAUAAUACGGAAGUGGAUGCCGAUCGGCACUCCUACUUUGGUUUACAUGCCCACUCACGCUGCUACAGAGAGCUUCCGUUGUUAACAGAUUCAUGUGCUGAGUCACGCUUCACAAUUGACGUCAAAGUCAUCAUCGUGAAGGAACUUGAGCGGAACCGACCAAAGUAAUCAUGGAAAACUUAACUGCCGCUUGCAGUUCAUGCAAGGUAGGCUUUUAUUGACAGCAAAAUAGGCAGCGCUCUUCUGUUGUGUGCUGCAGCGAAAUGCGUCCAAGCGGAAACGGCGGUUAGGCUGAACUACCACAGAGCCGCGUUUGUCAAAAUUGUCCCCCAGCCGUGGGCGUGGCCACCCUGUAGUUCCGUCACUGAUGAGGGGUGCACACACUUUUUCAGCAUGCAAGCUGCAAGUCGACACGAUCUAAGUCUUACGAUAAAAUAUACACGAUACAUCUGAACUCCAUCUUCUUUAUGCUUAUCCGAGGUGGGGUCGCGGGGGCAGCAGCCUAAGCAGGGAGGCCCAGACUUCCCUCUUCGCAGCGACUUCGUCCAGCUCCUCCUGGCAGAUCUCGAGGCGUUCCCAGGCCAGUUGAGAGCCAUAGUCUCUCCAACAUGUCCUGGAUCUUCCCCGAGGCCUCCUAGCGGUCAGACGUGCCCUGAACACCUCCCCAGGGAGGCAUUCCGGGCAAGAUACCCUCAUCAGCAGCGGUUCUACUCUGAGUUUUUCCCGGAUGACAGUGCUUCUCACUAGAGCCCGACCGGUAUGGGAUUUUUGAAAAAGCGGAUAUCUAUAACCGAUAUAUUGGCCGAUAUGUGAAAAAAGAGCAUUGAUCUACACAGGAUAUGUAUACUGUACAUGAACAUAAAUUGGUUAAAUACCCAAAAUACAAUCCAUUGCAAAGAAGCAGAAGACUACUGCAUGAAAAUAAGGACGUUGAAUGAGAAAGACAUACGGACACGCCUCUUUGUCAUUGACUUUUAGGUGUUGUCACAAAUGAGUAGUGUUGUUUGCUUUGCUGGUGCUGGAGCCCUGCUAACUUUUUUAUUUAGCUAGUUUUCAAAACGGGAAAAGAUUAAAAAAGUAUCGGGCAUGUCUCGGCAUACAUGAUGUUUUUCAGCAGGUUCCUGCUCUGCAGAACGUAAACACAUACAUCACUACCACAUCAGCCUGCAUAGGACAAAACACAGGCAAAGCAAACAUACAGAAAAUUGGAAAAAGAAGUGAACAGGAGGAAUCUACUGAGAUAAUCUCAGUGAGUGACUGUCCAUCAGAUGACGGGCUUGGGACUUUAAAAUGUCUCAGAGUUGAAAUGGUCUUUAGGUGCAGUGGGACCUCAUUCCAAGCCUUUGUAAAAACAUAAAAGAAACAAAUGAGGUUGGUUUUGUGCACUACAUAUUAUUGAUAUGUGUUCAGUUUACUUAAAAUAGAAUCUUUGUUAAGUUGAAAUAUUUUGUUUUUGCAGUGAAGUUGAAAAUGGCUUGUCUUCAUUUUUGGACUUGAGAGAGGUAGGAAGACAUUGUUUAUCCAUAUCUCUUGCAGUAUUUUCAUAUUGAGCAUGAUUUGAUUGUUUACUUGUGAUACAACACUUCUUCUACAUCACCAAAGUGUGCGUGUUUCAGACAGAAGUCAUGUCGGUCAAGGACGGGGGUGUAAUUUGGCGACUAAAAUAAAGCACCAGUGGCAUUUGCAAAGGGUAAAUUGUCACCAGCAACAGGAGCCUUUAGUGUUUUGUUGUAAGGAGUAGUAGAGCCGUUGUGUUUUGCUGGGAAGCACGUGUGAGCGGCCGAUGCUACCGUGAGCUGAAGUUAGCAUCGAGCUAGCUCAUGACAACGGCUCUCGUGCCUGUUACCAGUCGAGGCUUAAUGACUGCCAUAUAUCGGUCUGCGGCUCCAGGGUUUCACUUCGACUGUGCUUCUUUUACUUUGGGGUCCUGCCGCUGAGAGAGAGAGUAGUCCUCCUACUUUGCAAGUCUAGCAUUGAGACCACAAAAUGUGGAUUGAAUGUCAUUUUCUGUCAGGUAUUCACAUCGUCAUGAUCUCUUGAUGGCAAAGGCAAAAAAAAAAAAAGCUGCAUUAGCAAGGCCUCUCUCUCGCAACUGUUGGAGAUGAAAUUCUCCACAACCUCCCAAAGGUCAAAGGACCACUUUGGAUAAUUUGUUUUCCAGUGGCCAAUGUCACCUCCCCCUUGGGUGUAUUUUAAUCCCCAGUUAUGAGAAGUAAAAAAGGCUCUCACAACAAAUUAGAUUUUUUCCAAAUGUAUUGAAGGAUAAGUGAGACAUAAUAAUUGAGAGAUAAAUAAGACAUAAUCAUUGAAAAAUAAGUCAGACAGGACAGUUUCCGCAGUCUAUAGUUACCUGGCUGAAAAUGAAAGAGCGCUCCCUCCCGAUUGUCCCAUGGUCAUUUUUAUACGUGUUUGCUCAAACCAUUGGCGUCAGUCUCCAAAGAUAAUUUUCUGCAGUUGAUAGCUGGCUGCUUCGCUGUCCCGAUAACACUUUUAGUGUUAUCGUGUUAUCGGAACAUAACUGGCAUCAAGCAUGCCCAAAGCCAUUUUUCACCUCAUGAUGGCACAGGGUCAUUGUUUUAACACAUUUUGUUUCUAUUUUAGGGGGAUUUGGGAUUUUUUUUUCAGCUGUGGUCUUAAAGUUAAACUAAGCUGAUUUCACUUUCAUGCUUGUUAGCAAUAAAUUGCUUACUUGUUUUGUUUUUUUGUCUCACUCCCAUUUCUUCUUUUUGCAUUUUGAAGCUCAACUUAGAACCUCCUUAAGAUCCAACAGUGCAAAAUGUACAUUCUUGCCAUUUUUCCAACUGGUUUCAACAUUUUGAUUAGGAGUGUCCAUCGAUGCCUGCCUUUUUUUUGUUAUUGUUAGGUACCGUUAGGUACCGAAUAUCGAACUUUUCCCUCUGCUAGCCGUGUCAAUUCUUGGCGGAACUGACGCCGGCAUAUCGAUAAGUCAGGUAGUAGGAGUCAGGUGUGGAGAUACCGUACUUCGUAUUUGAGGCGGAUGAAUGCGGCGCAAUUAGAAACUCUCAAAAAUCGACAUGCAAACGGUGCCGCAGAAGUUUUCAAACCGAAGGAGGAAACACUUGAAAGACGUGCACCUCGACUUGUUUAAAGGAUUCAAGUCCUCAGCUGCAGCCAAGGCUGCCCUGGAGUCUGGGAACCUCGAAGAGGCUUAGCGGCUUGCAGCUGAGGAAAGGAGGUCCCUCAAGAACGUGGACCAGGUCUCAACUAGCAAUCGGCGCAGCAGCAAGCGGCAACGAGGGUCUCAGGAAGAGGCGGAGGACUGGUUCCUCGAGGUCCUGCGCAAGGAACUUGCUGAGUCCCGUAAACGACUGAUUGCCCUGCAGGAGAGGGAGCCUGACGACGAAGAAAUAUGCGACUUAGCAAGGUAGUCUUGCAAGACUCCUGAGGAUGCCUUUGAAGACUUUCAGAGGGUCGUCAUGGACUGGAAAGCCAGGUGGAAGGCCCAGAGACAGCCGCAGCAAUAUCAGCAGCACACCACGCAGCAUCAAUGAUACCCAGGGUCGUCCAAGUCCGCCCAGUGGCAGCCACCACCCCACCAGUGGAGACAGCCCACCCCACAGAUGCAAACCGCUUUCGUAUGGGGAAAUCCCUGUCCGUCCGGAUCCACCCGCGCUCUAACGCUCGAGUACAGCCGCGUCCACGGCCACAUCACCGACGGACAAAGCUUCGACAUCAACCUCCACUUUAUCAGCGCUUGGGACAGAAAAAAGGAAAACUUGAAUUUAAAUAAAUGCUUUGUGUUUCUUGUUUGUAACAAAUGAAAGAAAACAAUCCUAAAUUGAAACAAAUUAGUUUGCAUUAAAAAUCGCAAUUAUUUUUUUUAAAAAUUCUAGAUAUUUUAGAGGGGAAAACACCAUUUUUCACAAUUUAGAAGUCGGUCCUUUAAAUCAUGGCAUCCUGACAUGGCAGUUUUCCGAGUUGAUGCAGUGUUUCAGGAGACUGCGCAGCUCCUUGCGCUCCUUGUUGGCUGUGUUGGGACACUGGACAGUCACGUAGUCUUCCAUUUGGCGGCCCCAUGUCCCCGCUCCGGGGAUGACCUGGUGGUGGAUCGAGUGCAAAGAACCAGAGGUUUUUUUGUUUUUUUUUUUGUAGGAAGUUUAAAUGAUGGAACACAAGCAGGUCUCCUCAAAAAAUAUACCAUUCUAUCAUUGUUUAUACACAGAAAAUACACAGAACUUAAUUAUGUUGUAGUCUAGUUGUUAAAACUAUGAUUGUUAUUUUUUUUAUUAUUAUUAUUGUCUGCAAAUACGGUAUACACUAGGUCCCCAACUUACGAACACCCGACUAGCGAACAUUCGUGGAUACGAACACAAGCCGACUGGUCUAUAUUUUAUUUUAUUUUGCCUUGUAUUCGCUCAAUCAGUAUUUAUACUGCUACUGUACAUGCUUGACCAGUAGAGGGCACUGUGACACUGCUAAUGGGACCAACAGAGGCAGUUAGACACUGGGGAGAUAAAGCUAAAUGAUACAACCCAGACAGAGCGUGUGAUUAAAGUUUAUGAAGAGUUAAUAGGCCUGCUUAAUUCUACACCACCCACAGAACACUACCUCUUUUAGAAGAGUCUAACGACGACGACGAUUUGUCCUUUUUUUCAAUAUCUCCUCCUCCAACUCCACCACAAGCAACGACGUAUGCUCGACCACUCCUCUUCAAAGGUAAAUAACAUUUAUCAUUACGUAUUAUUAUAUCACUUUUAUUAUUGUUUUUUUCAUUAAUUAUCCUCGUUUAAUAUUACUACUGCAUCCAAACUCAUAUUUACAUACAUACACAUAUACUGUAUAUGUAUACAUGUACAUGUAGUACCUAUAUCAUUGGUAAUAUUACCUUUUCCCUACUUAAGAACAAUUCGACUUAAGAACGGUCGUCUGGAACAAAUUGUGUUCGUAAGUUGGGGACCUGGUUUUAUUUCUGCAUAAUCUUCCGUUCCAUACCGAGUCCAGUAGGGGGCGGUAAUGUGUCUAAUACCUGGUUUGCCAACCGCCAAUAAGAACAAAAGAAGACAAAUGCAGACGUCAACGCAGCAGGAAGACUGCAAAUGGCGAUGGCGACAAAGAAAUCUACAAAGUCAUCCUGUACGUUUAUACGAUUGAAAAGUUAAUAAAGAAGUGACAGGUCGUGGGUGUUGACCACUGAUCUGUAUUAUAUAUCUGGAUAGAUCAUUGGCGAUGACUUGUGAAGCCACACGGCCGCCAUAUUGCCACUCGCAAGAAACACUUCUCGACAAGCUUUUGCAUUCGUGGUCAACUUCUUUUAUUAAUUCGGAUUGGACACAAAUUUUGCCUUAAGAUGCCUGCAUGUGCAGCUAUUAACUGCACAAAUCGCCAGUUCAAAGGUUGUGGACGAACAUUUCACCUAUGUCGAGCAGCUCGGCCCUCAGCUGCAGGGAGGGGGCGCCACUUUGAAGCAGGAUGACCCACAGACCCCUCACGCCAAAGAGGAAGAGGAGGAACUCUGGACCACUCCAGAGGGAGAUUGUCUUGUGGGGCCGGAGGAGGCUGAUCUCACCAAGUUUCCACUGGCUGGUGUGUCUGUGAAGACUGAAGACCAUGAAGACACACCACCUGAGUCCUUACAGCUUCAUCACAGUCCACAUGUCCAGCAACUGAUUGGUCAUCAAGUAGAACGUGCCCUUCAGCCGCAGCAGAGAAGCUCCGCUUUGAAGCAGGAGGAGCAGGAGUCCCUCCUUCAUGUUAAAGAGGAAGAGGAGGAAGCCUGGACCGCUCGGGACGGAGCGUGUUUUCUCGGGCCGGAGGAGGCUGAUCUCACCCAGUUGCCGCUGGCUGGUGUCCCUGUGUGGACUGAAUACUACGAAGACAAACCAUGGCUUCUUCCUGAGGCUGAACACGGGGACUACACCCAAGAAACUUUGAGCGACGAUAUAGAUUGUGAAGGCGAUAAGAGAUCUCGCAGCGACGGCAAACACACGGAGUGCUCUAAAAAGAAGACGACAGAAGAAAAAGGUAGGCUGGCAUCAUGUGCCAUGGCUGAACAAUGACCUAAAAAAAGGACUCGGAAAUCGCAAAGAUUUCUCGACCGCUAUGGGGAGAGAUGGCCUUGCCUCAUCGUUUCCAGGCUGCCUUAUCACGCGUUCUGCACCGUGUGCAAGACAGACAUUAACAUCAGUCACCAAGGGGCAACAGAUUGCAGACGCCACGUAGAAGGAGCGAAACACAAAAAAUUUGAAAGGGCCUUGCCCUUUGUCCCGAAGAUCACCCCGACAUUUUCUGCCGAUCCGGAUCUACGGACUAUCCGGGCAGAAACACUGUUCACCAACUUUAUAGCAGAGCACAAUUUGCCAGUGGCUGUCGCUGACCAUGCAGGGCCGUUAUUUAAGAAGAUGUUUCCAGACAGUCAGAUUGCCCAACAUUACGGCUGUGCCAGAACUAAAACAACUGCUAUACUGAACACAAUUUCUUCAAAUGACGAGCAGGUCAUCACUGACCUAAUGUGCUGCUUCCCUUUCAGCAUAGCUACUGACGGCAGCGCAUCAGACAUGGACGGUGUGAAAUUGCAUCCUUUAGUUGUCCGUGUGUACGAGCCCAGUGUUGGGAAAACAGCAGUAGUGCUGCUGAAAGUUGUUGAGUGUCGGGACUCUACCAGCGAAGGGAUAUACAAUCUCAUGGACCAGGAACUAAACAAAAGGAAAAUACCGUGGGGUAAUUGCGUAAGCUUUGCCGCUGACAAUGCCUCUGUCAUGCAGGGGGCGAGAAGAGGUGUCGCGGCAUUCAUAAAAUCCCGGAAUCCGCACAUUUACAUAGUUGGUUGUGCGUGCCACCUCAUGCAUACGGCCGCGGAAAAGUCUUCCUCGAGUUUGAGCAUUGACAUUGAGGACAUGCUGAUUGUGAUCUACUACUACCUUGACAAGAGUAGCAAGAGGAAAGCGUUGGUGCGCGAGCUUCAAAUGCUGUGCGACACUGAUGUCAGGAAGAUUUUGAAACUAUCCUCCACCAAAUGGCUGGCUCUGGGCAAAUGUGUCCAACGACUCCUCCAGCAGUGGGAACCGCUGACUCGUUUUUUUGCAGAAGAGGCAGCAGGGAAGGAGGAAGCUAAACCUCUUGCAUCGUCGGCUCAUCUCUCGCUGAAGAACGCAGCUGCCUGGAAGCCCUCAACUCUCACGUCUACCUCUGGGAAGUCCUCCAAAUUCUGUCUCAGAAAGUCCAAGAUGGGCCCGAGUUGCACACAGCGACAGGCAGCGCCGAGCGCUUCGCCCAAAGGGGUUGACCACUUUAUGUGUCUGCAAAAACAAACGGGCGAGAAUCAGAAGGAUCUGUCCGAAAAGGCAGAGACCGCAGCAGUCAGAAAACCGCAAAGGGUCUAUGCGUUCCUGACUGACCCGCAGGCCAAGCUGUAUGCUCUCUUCUUGAAAAGAGCUGUGCCGUUAUUUGAAACGGCAAAUCAGAUCCUGCAGAAAGAGGAGCCGUGCGUGCACACAUUGCUGCAGACGUUGGAGCUGCAGUUACAAAAAUUGUUGCUGGCCUUCUGCAAACCUGAGUGCGUGGUAGAAAUGAUGGAAGAAGUCAAGGGAGGACACCAACCCACUCUGUACCAAUCCAGCGAGCACCAGCUGCCUGAUGAGGAGCUGUGUAUCGGACAUGACACGCAGAUAUUUAUCAAAAGCCAAGGUGAAUUACCUCUUGGAGCUUUCUUCAGGGAUGUGAGGAAAUAUUUCACAGUAGCUGUUGAUUACUUGCUAUCUUCAUUCCCCUAUGGGGACGAACUGCUGCAUCACGCCGCCGUAGCUGACAUCAGCAGACGGCAAACGGCCAAAUUCUCCUCGCUGACGUACUUUAUAGACAGGUUCCCCUGCUUGUUGGGGAAUGGCGUCACGGUGGAUAAAGUGGACGAUGAGUUUCGGCUCUUUCAGUCCACCGCCUUGGAUGAUGAUAUUCUUACCAAACGGGUGGAUGAGGCUUGGGUAGAAAUAGGAGCGAUGGAAUCGGGAGGGACCAAGCUGUUUUCAAACCUCUCCGCAGUCAUGCUCGGUGUGUGUGUGAUUUUUCACAGCAAUGCGGACUGCGAAAGGAUCUUCAGCUUGGUCACUAAAAACAAGACGGCACGUCGUGCUUGCCUGAGUACAGAGGUGCUCAGUUCUCUGGUGACGAGAAAAGUCAUGAUCGCCUCCAAAGGCAGCGCUUGUUACAAAGAGACUUUCACUGAUGCGCUACUUAAAAAAGCCAAAUCGGCGACUUACAAUAAGUUUAACAAAGCCAAUGUUUGAACAUUACGUUUGGUCAUUUUGAAUAUUUUUUGGCGUUUGUUCACAGCACACUGACUGAAAUGGAUAACUCCUGAUUUAGGGGUGUAACGGUACUACUUCCUCGCGGUUCAAUACACACUUUUUGGUAUUAAGGCUAACGGUUUGGUUCAUUUUUGGGACUGCUUAGCUCCGGGGUCACCAACCCAGUCGAUCACGAUCGACCGGUCGAUCUUUGGGAUUUUUUCCCUACUUAUAAUUCCCUAAUUCCUAAUGAGGACGGACUUCAUGAUUUUCUUUAAUGCAUGGCACCUUGCAGGGCAGCUAAGGGUCCUUCUUAGGACCAAUGGCACAUUCUAGCCUAGCCAUCCGCGCAGCUGCUGUUGAAAUGCGUGUAUAUGUUUACGUCUGUGUUGGUGAUAAGAGAGAGACAAUGCAUCAAUGUCAAAUCAGCACAGCUGGAUGAAGCUGGAUGCCAAAGACACACAGUGAGGAAGCAAUAGCGAUUUAUUAAUUUGGACAGAUUAAGAACAGAAUUCUCAUUCAUCUUAUCAAAUUAAUUCAUUAAUUCAUUCUUUAUUAAUACAUUUGUCCAACCUGUACUUGUAGUGUGCCACCUCCCCCGUACUCCCACAGCACCCUGCACAGGACACCACAAGGGACACGGUCGAAUGCCUUUUUCAAGUCCUCUAGUACUCUUGCAGGGGUGGAGAGCUGGUCCAGUGUUCUGGGACCAGGAUGAAAAGCACAUUGCAUCUUCUUUGGUCAAACACAUGAGAACGCACACAGGAGAAAAACCUUUCAGUUGCUCAGUUUGUGGCAAAGCAUUGUCUGUAAAGGUAUCAUGUUUAAAUACACAUACAGUAUGAAAACGCACAAAGAAGAAAAACCUUUAAGUUGUCCAAUGUGUGGUAAAACACUCCAUGAUAAGCACAGUUUGGUAAAACACAUGAGAACGCACGCGGGCGAAAAGCCUUUCAGUUGUUUACUUUGCAGUAAAAAAAAAAUCUCUCAGAAGAUAACUGCUGACACACAUGAGAAGACACACUGGAGAAAAACCUUUUAGUUUCCCAGACUGUGAUAAAAGUGUCAUGUUCUGUGUGCUGCUCUGCUGCCCUCUGUAUGCCAUCUGUUGCAGCACACCUCCUGAGCACCUGAGAGGAGUUGAUUGAACACACCUGAUCUCCAUUAGAGCUUCUACUUAGCUGUGUGCAGACUGUUCUCCAACGCCAGAUUGUACUCCCUGCUCCUUACCCGGCUCUCUGGCUCACCUGUACCUGCCUGCUUAGUAUUGUGAUCUGCUCCUGUAAGGUUUGCCUUCAGUGAUUUUUUUUGUUGUAUUAUAUUUUUUUCCCUAACAUCCUUUUGAUGUUAGUCGAGGAAAAGGCUUCUUGAGACGUCAUCUGUACUUCUGUGAAGAAGGUGUUGGACGUUUCGCUCCUCAUCCGAAGAGCUUCGUCAGCGAACUAAUAAGUGCUGGUAGCUUAGGCCUUAAAUACAGUAAGAGUGGGCGGAAUUGGUGUGCCAACACCCUCCUCCUAUUGGUUCGUUACACUAAGCCUGUUGAUGUUAGUGUUUUUUUGUUACUACUUACCAUUACUGGAUUUUCCUUGUUUGUACUUUGUAUCGUUGGACUCUUUUUGUAUAUUGAAUUUUUCCUUUUUGUAUUUUGCACCACACUCUUUUGUCUGCUUUGGGAUCCUAACCAGUCACCAUGUUCCACGGCAAAUCCUGACAAAAAGCUUCUCUUUAAAAAAAACAACAAAAAAAAAACCAACCCUUUUGUUCAUAGGCAUCGCCCAUUUCCCGGUCUCAACGUAUACCACCGUAUGAAAAAGUCAGGGUUUCAAAACCACUAAUAUUGUCGUAACGUUCAUGCGGUGUGGGAGAAAGCAAAGGUCCAGCUCGGCAAGUAUGUGGAAAUGCUUUGUCAUGCCCUGUAUUAUUCCUUGCUGUUGGAACUGGGCUACUAUGUGCAGAAACCACUAGUGUGACUUGUGCUCCUGAAAGUCGGGCACCUUAACCACAGCGACGCUAGCUGCCUCGUUAGCAUCAAGCGGCAGAUGUGUGCCCCAGGUUUGCAUGCCAUAGUGUGUGGAUUUCAUCAGGUUUUCCAGCUCUGAAGCUAAUGUGUAAGCAUAUCACACAAUUUAAGUAUGUUUUCGACAUUAACGUGACUAUCAUAAUCCAGGGUUUCCGCUACAUGGAAUUGAUCAUGGCGAUGCGCCACUACAAAAUAACAGCUGCCACACCGUAAAAAUGAGGGGUGUUUUUAAACUUAAACAAUUUUAGGCCGUAAAAUGUGUAGUGAACUGACGACAGCUUGUCACAUGCUAAGCCUAUCUAUGCCAGCGUGUGUGAUCGCUCACGUUACAAUCUCAUUCAACUUUCUGGCAUUUUUGUUUACAUACAAUAUGCCUGGCUGGCGGCAUCUAGCUAGCUCGGAGCUACAAGUGGCUAUUACGUUCCUGGGAUACAUCGAUCGUCCAUCAUCACAACUUACUUUUUUAAGGCGUCACAAUCUUGCUGUCUUGUUGUCAUUAUAAAACGUAUGGCUUAUCUUCAAAAUACUAGUUGUGUGUUGAAGUUGUGCAACAGAAACACAUAUUGUGUACAGCUUUAGGCAGUGAUACUAUCACAAGACCGUCUCCAACAGGUAGGUCCUACGCUAGCAGUAGCGAACCAGCUGAUGUUGAGUGGUUCACCAAAGAAUAUUUGCUUCAGUGUUUUUAUAAGUGUUCAGUUCAAACAUGAUACCUGUAUUUAAUGACAGAUGAGCACACUGAGUGGAGAUGUGCUUUCUAAAGAAAAGGCAAUUUAAAUGUUGGCUGUGCUCUCAGCAACUUUGCCAUUAAAUUAACAAUUUUGCAAUGUUAUUGGUUCAUGUUCUGCUAGUUGUUGAAAAAUGUUAAAUAAGUUAAUAAAUAAGUCAUAAUAAAAAUAGGUAUUUGUCAUAAAAAAAAAACAACAUUAAGUAAGGCUGGACUCCCGUGCAGUCCACCACCACAGCUUCAGAAAUUCCUAGGGGAAACCCUGUGACCUGCACAGUCACAUGUCAUCUGCAUAGUCAUAUGAAAUGUUUUUGUGCCGUAUGUGUGCUCUGAUUCUAGCAUGUCAUUACAGUUUGUAAUACCAUUCAAAUGUACUUGGGUCCAAGUAGGGUAUUGUCUGAGUACCAUGAGUGUGACAAGCAAUUGGUUAGCCUCUGCGCUGCUUCGCACUGCUCGCACCGGGGCGAGAAACACGUGACCUUCACAAUGGGAGGCGAGAGCACUGACCACGCGGCCACAAUCGCGGACUGUCGAACGCGGUUUACACUUGCGCAGCCUAACUGGCUGGCAUCCGUUACACGUGUAACUUCUUAGCAUUUUGCUUUAUAAAAUAUCAAAACCUUGCAUCCUUUCAUAUUUCUGUAUUUUUCACAAGCUGGAAAAAGUUUGGACACCUCUGGUUUAGAUGAAGCUGUAUGAAGAAAUGGCGAACCUGCGGACAAGACGAAAACGCUGAGUAUGUGAGUUGACCGAGCCGCCACAGCUUGACCACGAACUGAAACAUCAUAAAUAUGAAACAAAUCAAGGCAGCCAGUGUGCGCAUGUGCACAUUGGGUUACACAUCCAUUACCUGCCCUCGUUGGUGACGGUGUGUAAGCACGUCCAAACAUUUGACUGGUAUUGUAAAUGUAAAACUACAGUAUAGCGCCACACCGAAAACUAUUGGUGGAACCAUGGCUGCUUGGGCUGAAAGAAACAAGAAGUUGUUUGAAAUUGAUCACUUCCACUCCUCGCAAGUCUGCACUGCAUCUACAGGGCGAUUUACAGCGCUAUUGGAAUCCAGCCUUUCCGGAUGUGGACGCGUUUUGCACAUGCGCAGAACGGAGUUUAUUUCCGGCUCGAUAAGGGACACGAGGCGAAUGCCAAAGGCGCCUAAGUAAUCUCAUGGAAAAACAUUCAAACCCAUGAAAGAGUGGAGUUGAUAAAGAAGAGAUGAUUUGCGACUACUGACGAAAUUUCUGGGCUGUUUGAAAGGAUGGCGUCGGGCGAGGAGGAACAUUCUCGAACAGGAGAGGAGAACGAGCGACAACAACAACCCGAGUUUUGCAGGACUUACGUUGUGCUACAAGUUCAUGUGUUUCCAGGAGGCGAGAGGAAAUGUUGCUCCAGGUGGUGAAGAAGGCUUCACGGAGGGCAUCCACUGUCUGGAAGCCAUGUCCAUUUUUGUAAACUACCCUUGCCAUCUGUACCCAAAUGUUCUCAUUUGGAUUUGGAUCAGAGGAAAACGCAGGAUGGUCCAAAAAAGUGAGCUUAUUCCUCUUUGUCAGGCGGGCAUUUUGAACUGCAGCCUUGUCCUGUUGAAAAAGCCAGUCAUUACCACACAGACGGGGGCCUUCAGUCAUGAUGAUCUCCACAUAGCCAUCUGCGGGUUUGACGCCCCUGCACAACCUGGAGCUCCAUUGUUCCACCGACGGAUCAUGAUGGCGCCUCCUCCACUCUGCCACUCCGCUGCGUGGGAAAACAUCUCAGACGUCCAGCAGCUGACUGGUUGUCAAGAAGAACGUCCCCCUCAGCCGCUGGGGGGGAGCUCCACUUUGAAGCAGGAUGAUCCACAACCCCCCCACGUUAAAGAGGAAGAGGAGGAACUUGGGAUCACUCAGGAAACAGAGUGUCUUCUUGGGCGUGAGGAGUACGAUCUCAUCAAGUUGCCACUGACUGGCGUCUCGGUGAAGACUGAAGACCAUGAAGACCAACCACACGUCCAUCAGUUUAUUGGCUGUCAAGAACAUCCCCGUCAUCCGCAGGGGGUGAUUGCCACUUUGAAGCAGGAGGAUCCCCAGCCCGUCCAUGUCAAAGAGGAAGAGGAGGAACUCUUGGCCAGUCAGGAGGGAGAGUGUCUUCUAAGGAAGGAGGAGGCUGAGAUCACCAAGUUGCCACUUGAUGGUGUCUCUGUGAAGACUGAAGACCUCGAAGACAAACCAUCCGAGUCCUCACAGCUUCAUCACAGUCCACGUGAGCAGAACAGAAGAGUGGAGCUUCCAAGCGGCAGGUCACCACAACACAUGACAGAAGCUGAUGGAGACCACCAUGGAGGAUCACAAGCAGACAACCUCUUAGGUCCGCUAUCAGAUAGUGACCACACAACGUCACACUCUCCAGAGGAUGGAGACAGUGACCACACCCAAGAAGCUUCGAGCAGCGAUACAGACUGUGAAGGUGAUAUGAGGACUCACACUGACAACAAACAUUCUGGAUGCCCUAAAAAGAAGACAGGUUGCUGCUGGGCCGUCUUCACUAUGGCCAUGAUGAUGUGUGUCCAGGAGAGGUCCUCAGAGAUGUGGGUACCCAGGAACCUGAAAGUGGUCACAGUCGCCGCACGUUCUCCGUUGAGGAGGGGCAAGUGGUCUUGUCUGUGCUUCCGGAAAGUCCACAAAAAGUUAUUUUGCCCUGCAGAUGUUCAGAGGCGGGUUAUUUACCAGGUACCAGAGGGACAGUGUUUCUCCCUCCACUCUGUACACUGACUCGUCCUCAUUGUCAAUGAACCCAACCACAGUAGUAUCAUCCCUAAUACAUAAAGAUGCUGUUGGUUGGGUGGAGUGGAGUACAGUCGUGCAUGCAUGGGGCGUACAGUAGGGACUUGGUACACAGCCUGAGAAGACCCUGUGCUAAGAGAGUGUGGAGGAGAGAUAAUGAUGAUAACGAAUGUUAGACUAGUCACCAUCUGCUGUGGCACGGUAGCCAAUCCAUUUCUCAUAGAAAUUGGUAUCAAAGUGAAAUGUUAUCUGAGAAGUCAGAAGUUUGGGAAACAUUCCAAAGCAUGUGGUCGCAGCAUAAAAAGGAAACAUGGAAAAUUCAAUUCCAAAACGCACGUCAUGUUUGACCCUCGGCCUACACCGUAGUUUCAGGAAGCAGCAGUGACUAUGGAGCCACUAGCGGUAACAAAUACAGAGCAGAAAUGGACAAAGGAAAGGGUGUUUUGAUUAACUUCAAAGCCAUGUUAGAUGGUUUUCAGAGAGGCUGUGUACCAAACAAAUGGUGAAAGAGGUGAAAGAAAAAGGGUCAAAAUUCAGUAUGGCAGCCUAUCUGUACAGCGUGGGACAAAGUGGACAAAACGCCGCUCGCACUGAACAUGCAAAAACCAGGAGGUUUCUUUAAAUGUAUAUUAUUUGUUGUAGAAAAUGGCCCAUAUUUUCAAAAUUGAUAUCCCUUUACAUAAAAUUUGAUGGAGUUAUCAUAGCUGCAUGUCAAAUCGUUUACCACAAAGAGAUGUACAUACCUACUUAGUAUACAUAACAACUUAUGAUUAAAUGUGAUUAAUCAUCAGUUAACUAAUGACAAGAUGUGAUUAAUUGGAAUCAAAUAUUUAAAUCGAUUGACAGCUCUAAUUUUAAUACAAAAUUCAGUUUUUUCUAUUUUGGCAUGACUUGUGUGAUCAAGCGACCAGUCCAGUGUGUACCCUGCCUUUCGCCCAAAGUUAGCUGGGAUAGGCUAAUGAGGACAAUCAGCGUAGAAAAUGGAUGGAUGGAUUUUAUGAUCAAGAGCACCUACAAAUAAUUCCAUUUUGAUGAAAAAAAAAAAUUCCUGAGCAGUAGUAGUUUGUUGAACUUAGGCCUGUGACAAUAAUCAAUAUGUGGAUUAAUGGCACGAUCUAUAAAAAUGAAGCUGAUAAUUUUGCCGGCCUUGAUAAAUUUAUUAAACAGGCUGGAUGACAAUCAUGGAUGUUGGUCCUAUAGUGGAAUGAGCAGAGAGAGUGAGCCCCCCUCUCAGCUAUUCAGCGUCUUUGUCCCAGUAUGCGAAGGCAGGGCUACUAGUCUGUGGAUACACAGAGUACUAGCAGCAAGUUAACAUCAUAAGCAAGCAAACAUGAAGGCACAAAGGCGAUGGCUGCAAAGCCGAAUGCCACAAAACCUACCGACGGAGGUGGAAAGGAGCCUUCGUCUCUACGGUCAACGCUUCCUGAGGCGUUUGGUCAGCAAAGUAAGCAUAAACAAAACAACGCAGAAUGGUGCGUGCUCGCAAACAGUGUCACUCACUGCAUUGCGAAAGAAAUGUGACCUUUCAUUACAGUUCAACAGCCAACAUUUGGGGAAAUGUUUGACAGACAAGAACAAGAACGUACAUGCACGUGUCACAAACGGUACAAUCAAGUGAAAGAAGUGUUGACAUCAGAAAUUUUACUCCACCACCACAGAUGCGUGGUCCAGCUCAAAUAUGACCCCCUCCAUUUCUUUAACCAUGCAUUACAUAACUCCAUGUGUGUGUGCUUUUUAUUGGAGUGUAUUUUUUUUCUUAACAGAGACGUUUUUUUUGUUUUGUUUUUGGUUGUGAUUUUUAUUGAAGUGCAAUUUUUGCUGAAAGAUACUGAGUUAAUUUUAUUUUCAUUGAGUAUUUUGUCUUUGUUUGUUUAGUUUAUGAUGCUGUUUGUUUAAUUUAAUCAUAAGCUGUUGACAUUCCAAUUACAAUGUCACUCUUGAGAAAUUAUAGUUUAUUGUUUUGAUAUGAUGUACUCGCCUUAUGCCAUAUAAUUCAUGAUAAAAUGUUCUCAAAAAUGUUGUCAAUAAUAUCGAUUAUCGACAAUCAUUUGCAGGACAAUUAUCGUCCAGCAAAAGUUUGUUAUGGCGACAGGCGUUGGUGAACUCUAACAUUGGAUAUCCGUUCCCUUAACUCGGGAAGGACAAUUUUCAUGCAUUUUGCACACAUUCCACAAUAAAUAUGCAUUUCUCAUUCUUAAAAUGAAUCUCAUUUGAGUCAACACUUUCAUACAAUUUAAAAUCCUUAUAUUUAAAUUCCUUAUUUGUC